AUACCAAACAUAACUGCUGCAGCUGGGGCAAGCACCCGACGGUAACAGAAAAGGCAAAAACAAAGAACACACAAACGUUGCUUCAGAUCUAAGACGACUGCUUUCUCAAUUCUACUCCACCCCAACCCCACCUCACCCAACCACUGUUCAAUCGGUUUGUUAUCGUCUUUGCGUUGUAUUCAUGGUUGAUUGAUUUUGUUUUCUCAAUAUUGGGGGUUUUUAGAGUGGCGAUCUAUUUAACCUAAUGGUUAUAGAGAACUAUUGAGAGCGGAUUGGAUUUGAUUGGAUGGACAAAAGUAAGAACCGCACCGAUCUGCUCGCCGCUGGCCGGAAAAAGCUUCAACAGUUCAGGCAGAAGAAGGAUGGCAAAGGGAGUAAUAGUAGAUCGUCAGGUAAAGCUGGUAAAGCUGGGCGUGAUACAACAGUUGGCGCUGCUGCUGAAGCUGAAGCAGAAUCAGCAGUUACACAACAACAUGCUGCUGAUGAAGAAAGAUCCACACAUGAUCCCAAUGAUACUAUCACUUUAUCAGAGUCCACCUGUAGAGUGGAUCCCGUGGCAAGUGAGGCUACUUCUGCCAGUGGUGCACUUUCAGCAAAGUCUGGUGUUCUUGAAGUAGCAUUGGUUGCAGGGGCUGUUGAAUUUCCAUUAGAGGGUUCUGGAGUGGGUGAGACCAGGUCGAAUCAAAGUGCCAGUAAUGGCCCUGAUGUUCAUACUGGGGUCCCGGAGCAAGGUGUAUUAUCUUCUUUGGUUCGUGAGGAUGUGAAAUAUGAUGAGCCUGGUUCCUCAGAUUCAAUGGCUCUUAGAGAGUCUGCAGAUUCCAGUGCAUCUGUGCCCAUUUAUUAUUCAUAUGAACUGGAGAGGCAGCAUGGGGAAGAGCAGGUAACAGAUGUAGGGGCAAUGCAGGAAGUUGGCAGUUCCAGUGGAGAUCAAAUUGAUAAGGGCAUGGUGACACAGCUUGAGAUAGAUGGUAGUCUUUCUUCAAAUGAUAUCAGUGAGACUUCUGGAGACCAUAUGAGAACUGAUUCAGGGAAUACUCCAGCAAAGAAGGAAACCCUCAUUGCCACACAACCCAGCAAGACUGACAAUGCUUCAGUAACUGAGAUUGCUGUCAAUGAUGCAGAAGAAGCUCAGAAGAUGCAUGGCCAUGCUGUUGUCACUGUUCCUAUAACGGACCCUGGCUUGGUGUCAACUGUAAAUUCUACGGUGACUUGUCAGCAAAGAGAAGGGAUAUCAUCUGGUUCAUCGAAUGAAGAGAAGACAGAAAUGCUUGAUGUAUCAGGUGGUCAUGAUGGUUUACAUACUGAAAGCAUUCAAGAGGCAAGCUCUGGUGGUGCCAAAAAAUUUUCUGAGUUCCAAGAUAAUGACACUGCAAUAUCUUUGAGCUGUAAACAAGUAGAUUUAUCGUCUGUAUUAGAUGGAGGUUUGAUCAAACUUUCCCAGCUUGCAGACAUCUUACAAAUACUUGAUGAAGAUGAGUUCAGGUUCUUGUUCAUGUCAAGAGAAUCAUUACUAGAGAGGUUUAGAGAUAUAGACAAGAGGACAGUCUAUGCAUCUGUUGCCAAUGAUUCUUUUGAGAGGCUGAAAGAACAAUUAUAUGUUACAAGUUUUUCAAAGGAUGUAUUUCAUUUACAGCUUUCCGAAGAACAAAAGUUGAUUGAUGAAAUCUCUGCGGUCAACAAUUUACUGAUUGAAGUUCAAGGGAAGAAUGAGAUAUUUGCUGAAGAAAUUGUACAAUCUAGGUAUGAACUUCAGAAGGUUGUUGCAGAGAAGGAAGAGCUCCAAAAGCAGCUUCACUUUUCAAAAGCUGAGGUAGAGGGUUUUGCUGCUGAAGUUAAUGAGUUGCAGAGUAAACUGGAAAUGGCACAAGGGGAAAUCUCAAGGCUAUCUUUGGAGCUAGCUGACUGCAGGCAUUUGGUGGAAGUGUUGCAGACAGAAAAUGAAAACUUGAAUGGGAGUUUUAAAACAAUGACUGAAGAGAAAAAUAAACUUACAGAGGAGAAGGGAAUUAUUUUGCUUGAGAAUGAGAAAAUGACAGAAGAGUUAGCUGAUUGCAAAGCUUCUGUAGAGUCACUGCAAAAUUUGCUAAGGGAUGAUAGGAGACGAUUCGAGGAGGAAAAUGAUUCAAUGGUUCGCGAGAAUAGUAAAUUGCUUGCCAACUUGACAGAGUUUAAGAAUACAGUAGAAGCUCUUGAAGCAGAAAACAAAAAUUUUAAUCUGAAUCUAACGUCUCUAUCAGAAGAGAGAAUGAAGCUUGAAGAGGAAAAAGUGUUAGCGGCCGAUCAGAUUGAAAAAAUGUCGAAAGAGUUGAUAGACCACAAAGAUUUGAUUGUAACUCUUCAAAAUGACAUCUCCAACUUGAAUGUGUCUCUCAUGUCUAUGACAGAGGAGAGGAACAAGCUUGAAGAAGAGUAUAAAAGUAUUUUUAGCGAGUAUGAAAAGAAAUCUCAUGAGUUGGAGGACAUCAAAAUUUCAGAAGCUGGUGUGCAAGCAGAAUGCAGUAAGGCUGUGGAUGACCUGAAAGAAGCAACAUGUCGCAUUAAUCACCUCACUGAAGAAAAUAAAAUCCUCAAGGCUGAUGUAGAGUUCGACAAGUCUAAAAUGAAAGAACCUGAUCAGAAGAAACUAUCGUCUCAGUUUGAGGAAGUGGCUAAUCGAGGUGUUGAAACUAACAUUUCUUUAUUGCAGAAGCCAAAAUCUGAUAGAACAUCUCUGGAACAGCUGAAAGUGGAUGAAUGUAAUGAUUCCUUUGGAUUUAUAGCACUAAAAGGGAACCUGGAGGAUGCAGAAAUCGUAAUGCAGAAACUUGAGAAGGAAAUUGAGAACAUGCACUUCCAGUCAACUUCCUUGAGUAGAGUUGACAAAGUUGCUGCACCUGCAGUGUCAAGAUUGAUUCACACUUUUGAGUCAAAGGACCAUGCUGAUUCGCAAGAUCCAGGAAACCCUCCAUCUGAAUACCAAACAACUGAAGAUUCAUACACGAGAACCAAAAUGGCGACAGAAAAUCUGAGAGCGUUGCUGAGAAAAUUGCUUAAUGAUGCUUCAAAUGCCAGUGAGUUCUUUAGGGUAAUGCAGAGUAAACUAAUUACGGAUGCCGCUGGAAGGGACAGGAACGAGUAUAAUUCUCUGAGAGAGCAUAGUGAUCAGGUGGAAGAAGCAAAUAUAGAGCUUAUGGUUCUCUAUGAAGCUAUGAAAGACAAUAUCCGUCAUGCUGCUGCAAAAGAGGGUGAACUUCUCAGUUUAUGUGAUUUCCUGCAGAAGCAAGAACUGGUUCUGAAGUCGGAGAAUGCUCAACUUAGAGGGAAGCUGGAUGACUUUCAAUCCAAAAUUAGUGAGCUGCAAAGCCAAUUGGACGGAAUUAGUAGAGAUUCAGGUGAGAUGGUUGCUUCUAUUUCCAAUCAAGUGCAAACUCUCCUAGCAGAAGUGGCUGACAGGGAAUCAAUUCUUGAAGAAGAAUGGAAUUCUGUUUUCGCUCAGGUUCUUCGAAAAGUUGGUGUGCUGGAUUCUACUGUCAAGACCUUUUACACCAGCUCAUGGGUCGGCCGAGAUAGCAACCUUGAUGUUGUUGGCUGUGUUGCUGCUUCUGUUGAUCAAGCCAGUGAAGUUAUCGAAGGUCUGCGUGGACAACUUGAAGCUGCGCAAGGGAAUUGUCAGAAAAUAUCGGAUAAGCAUGAUAUGGCCUUAAAUACAUUGCAGAGACUCUAUGUUGAACUCAGUGAACUUGUGAGAACAUCUGGGUACUGCCAAGAUGAUAUGAAGCAUGUUUUGGUGGAUGAUAGACUGCUUGAUCUUUUACAUCCUAAUGUUUUUGAUUCCCUCUUGGACCAACUAAAAGGGCUUCUUGGUGAUAGAUUGCGGCUUGAGACUGAAAAUAAACAACUCAAUGCAGAGUUAAUAACCAGAGCAAGAGAGAUGGAUGAACUGGACGAGAAAUGUCUUAAGUCAGAUGCUUUCAUGAAGUUGGUUGAAAAGAUUGAGCAAUCAGUGAGGCUGGAGGGGAUAGAGAUGGAUGCAGACGAACCUGUUUCACGGCUGGAGUCUCUAAUCAAUCAACUCGUUCAGAAAUAUGAAGAAGCUAACCUGAGCCUUAGUUUAUCGGCAUCUCUGGAAAUGCAAUUAAAUGACUUGCAUGGACAAGUGGAACACUUAAACUCUGUUCUUGUGGAAUAUGAAAAUGAAAAUCUUGUUCUCAGGCAAAGCUUGAAGACUGCAGAGGAGGAUCUUAUUGCUAAAGUACAAGAGAAAGUUGCUGAACUUGAACAGUCUGAGCAGCGGGUGUCGUCCCUUAGAGAGAAGCUAAGUAUAGCCGUUACGAAGGGGAAAGGUUUAAUUUCUCAGCGCGACGGUCUCAAGCAAUCCUUAGCUGAGACAUCCAAGGAACUGGAGAAAUGCUCACAGGAGUUACUGUCUAAAGAUGCCAGGCUUCGUGAACUUGAGACAAAAUUAAAAGUCUACUCUGAGGCAGGUGAGCGCAUGGAAGCUCUAGAUUCUGAGCUUUCAUACAUUCGCAGCUCCGCCACUGCACUAAGAGAGUCAUUUCUUCUUAAAGAUUCUGUUCUUCAGAGAAUAGAAGAAAUAUUAGAAGAUCUAGAGCUGCCAGAGCACUUCCAUUCCCAAGAUAUAAUUGAAAAGAUAGAUUGGUUAGCAAAAUCAGUUGGAGGUAACUCUUUACCUCUUGGUGACUGGGAUCGGAGAGGUGCAGUAGGAGGAGGUUCAUAUACGGAUGCUGGAUUCAUUGGUGCGGAAGGCUUGAAAGAAGAUAUACAGGCAAACCCUGAUUCUGGUGAUGACUUAAGAAGAAGAUAUGAGGAAUUGCAAAACAAAUUUUAUGGGUUAGCGGAGCAUAAUGAGAUGCUUGAACAAUCAUUAAGGGAUAGGAAUAACCUUGUGCUGCGGUGGGAAGAAAUUCUGGACAGAGUAUUAAUACCUUCGCAGCUGCGAUCCAUGGAGCCUGAAGAUAAGAUUCAAUGGUUACAGAGUACGUUAUCAGAGGCUCAAAACCAUUGUAAUUCCCUCCAACAGAAGAUUAAUAACUUGGAGAACUUUUGUGCAUCCCUCAAUGCUGAUGUGGAAGACUCACAAAGAAGAACAUCUGAGCUGGAGGCGGCCUUACACCAGGCUGCCAUAGAGAAAGAAACCCUAUCAAAGGACUUGGAGAUACUGAGUCAGGAUAAUGAGGAAUACUCAAAGAAGGUGGUUGAUUUCAAAAUUCAAAAUGAGAAUCUUCAACAUGAAGCAAGUAUUUUGCGACAAAAGAAGCUUCAGUUGGAAGAAGAGAAAGAAAACCUAUCAAAGGACUUGGAGAUACUAAGUCAGGAAAAUGAGAAAAACUCAAAGAAGGCAGCUGAUUUCAAAGUCCAAAAUGAGAAUCUUCAAUAUGAAGCAAGUAUUUUGCAUGAAAAGAAGCUUCAGUUGGAAGAAGAGAAAGAAACCCUAUCAAAGGACUUGGAGAUACUGAGUCAAGAUAAUGAGGAAAACUCAAAGAAGGCAGCUGAUUUCAAAAUUCAAAAUGAGAAUCUUCAAUAUGAAGUAAGUAUUUUGCAUGAAAAGAAGAUUCAGCUGGAAGAAGAUAUCUGUCGUACUGAGGAUGCAAUUAGAAGAUUGCAGCAAUUGGUUGAAGAUGCUCUUCAGGAUUCUUCAACAGAAAAUGUGGUAAUUAGUCAGGAAGGUUUCAAAUAUUUUGAAGAAAUGUUGAAGAAGCUCAUUGAGAAUUAUAAAGGACUUUCCUCUGAGAAGGCCGUUUACAUUGAUCCCACUGAUGUGCAUGUCUCUGAGAAAGGAGAGCUUUCCCAAAUUGUAAGGGAUUCUGAGCAUGUAGCGAGCCUGAGCAAAAAGCUGGAAGACUCUAUGGGUGAAUUGAUGUUGUUGAAGGAGGAGAAAGAUCAAUGCAUGCUGAACAAUCAGUCCUUACUCCGUGAUGUCGAAGAAUUGGAAAUUAAGAAGAAGGAAUUGCAAGAUCUACUUAAUCAUGAGGAACAGAAAUCAGCUUCUUUGAGAGAGAAGUUAAAUUUGGCAGUCACGAAAGGGAGGUCCUUAGUGCAACAGCGUGAUGGCAUGAAGCAAGUGAUUCAAGAACUAAAUGCUGAGGUUGAACGCCUGAAAUCAGAUGCCAAGGUCAACGAAAAAGCUAUUUCCGAAUAUGAAGAACAGAUCAAAAACUUGUUCACUGCCCAAGAAAGAGUACAAGUUAUGGAAUCUGAAAAUACUUUCCUCAGGGAUCGCCUGGCCGAAACUGAACGCUGUUUGCAGGAAAAGGACGGUAGCUGGAGCAGUAUUCUGCAUGCUUUGGAUGAUAUUGAUAUCGGGCUUGCAUCUAAUUCUGGAAAUCCAAUUGAGAAGCUAAUGGAAAUAGGGAAAUACUUGCAUGAUCUACGCAGCGGAAUGGAUUCCCUCGCACAAGAAUCAAGAAAAUCAAAAAGAGCAGCUGAGCUACUGCUUGCAGAGUUGAAUGAAGUUCAAGAAAGGAAUGAUGGCCUUCAAGAGGAGCUAGCAAAAGCAGUUCAGCAGCUUUCAGAACUUUCCAGGGAAAAAGAAUUAGCUGAAAAUGACAAAUUUGAAGCACUUGCACAUGUUGAAAAGCUAUCUUACAUACACUCGGAGGAAAAGAACAGACAGUUGUCUGAAAUAAUGGUGUUAAAAUCCGGAGUGGACAACAUGAGAGAGGACCUAUCAGCCAUCGAAAGAGAACUGGCUGAUGUUCUCUCCAAAGACUUGGAAGUUCUGCACAAUGUGAAGACUAUGAUUAAAUCAUUUUUGGAAUCAGGUGGCAGUCCUGAUUUGAGUGCUCUAUUUCCUAGUAGCUUCCCUGGUGGGUUUAUGUCAAGAGCAUCAGAGAACAAGGUUUUUAUGACCGAAAUUGGUUCCCUCAGGGAGCAACUUCACAACCAUUCACAUUUGUUACAAGAAGAAGCUUCCUGGUUAUCUGAAGUAGUGAUGAAUGUUCAUAGAGAAUAUACUUCUCACAAAGAGUCCUGUGAAUCUAUGAAGAAGGAUGUGAAGAAAUUAGAAUUGAUUGAGAAGGAGAAAGAGUCAGAAAUACAUAUUUUGCGAGGAAACAUUUCUUUGCUUCAUGAAUCCUGUGCCAGUGCAAUUUCAGAGAUCGAAAAUUGGAAGGAGCACGUGGUUGGAAAUGCUUUGGCAUCUAGCUCUCCAGAAGGGAACUUGAAGUCUCAAGUACGAAUUGAAGGAGGGAAUAGUUUCACUGAUAACAUUCACAUUUUUAAUGAGGAACUUGUCAGGGGCACGGGUGACAAACUAUUAUUGGUUGUUAGAGAUCUCAUCAGCAUGCAAAGUGAACUUUUGGAAGUUGGCCAGAGGGAGAUGAAGAGUACCAUACUGAAUUUGCAGAAGGAGCUCCAGGAGAAGGACAUCCAAAGAGACAGAAUUUGCAUGGAGCUUGUUAAUCAGAUAAAGGAAGCUGAAACUAAUGCGAAGAAUUAUUUAAAUGACCUUCAGAAAGCAAGGGCACAACUGCAUGAUUCCCAGAGGGAUUUGGAUGUAAUGAAAGAGGAGGGCAAGGUAUUGGAACAGAGAAUGAAAGAACUACAAGAUCAGGAAAUUAACUCCAAAGAAUUGCAGCAGAAAGUUGACUCACUGACAGAUGCACUAGCUGCAAAAGUACAAGAAACGGAGGCACUUAUGCAAGCCCUUGAUGCAGAGGAGGCUGAAAUGGAAGAUCUUGCCAACAAAGUUGGAGUUCUGGAAAAUGAGUUGCAACAGAAGAAUAAAGACUUGGAGAGCCUCGAAGCUUCUCGCGCCAAGGCUUUGAAGAAGCUUUCUGUUACUGUGAGCAAAUUUGAUGAACUUCAUUAUCUCUCCGAAAGUCUCCUAUCUGAGGUUGAGAAGCUUCAGUCCCAACUACAAGAGCGAGAUGGAGAAAUCUCUUUCCUUAGGCAAGAGGUUACUAGGUGCACAAAUGAUGCACUAGCUGUUACCGAGAAGAGCAAGAAGAGGAGUUCAGAUGAAAUUCAUGACUUGUUCUCUUGGUUAGAUACCUUGAUCUCCCGGGUACAGGUGCAUGAUAUAGCUUCAGAUGAUCCAAAAAGUCACCCGGUUAAUGAAUAUAAAGAGGUCUUGCAGAAGAAGAUUUUGGAUUUAAUUUCUGAGUUAGAGAAUCUUCGUGGGGUGGCCAAGAACAGUGAUAUGCUGUUGCAAGAAGAGAGAAGUAAAGUGGAAGAAAUGGCACAAAAAGAACAAUAUCUGAAGAAUUCUUUGCGUGAAAAGGAAUCUCAACUAGUCAUGCUUCAAGGUGCUGGAGAUUCUACAGAAGCUAUAAAGUCGACUUCAGAGAUUAUGGAAGUUGAGCCAAUGACAAACAAAUGGGCAGUUCCUGGGACCAUUGCACCACAGGUUCGUAGUUUGCGGAAAACAAAUAACGACCAAGUUGCAAUUGCAAUAGAUAUGGAUGACAGUAAUGACAGAAUGGAGGAUGACGAUGAUGAUAAAGCUCAUGGUUUCAAGUCACUCACUACAUCCAAAAUUGUCCCACGAUUUACAAGACCCGUGUCGGACAUGGUUGAUGGACUGUGGGUGUCCUGUGAUCGGGCGCUAAUGCGACAACCUGCUUUGCGGCUUGGAGUCAUCAUAUACUGGGCUGUGUUGCAUGCUCUGCUCGCAACUUUUGUAGUCUGAGAGCUGGUCUUUGAUCCUGUGAUGUUGCUCACAGCUUUAGCUGUACCUGAGACGACAUUUACAAACAUCAAGACGUAUAAUCAUCAUAUAGGUGGGUUCAUUCAUUUGAUUAUUCGUGAACCAGGAAACUGUGAUUUCCUCGCUUUUAUGACAAAUCGCAGGUGACUUGGUGUUUUCUAAUAAGAGAAGUAUUAUAUAGGUUAUAGAAUAGUGAAGCUGUAGGUGGUUGUAGGCUACAGAAGGUGUAUCUUCAAUUGUUGGGUUGCUUGUUGCAAGAUAAGCAAUGAGGCAGUACACUUUAGCCUUUUUCUCCUUUAGUGUUGAGUUUUAGGUAUAUUUUAUGUUCCAACAAUAUCCCCAUCCAUCUAGCACAGGAAUUUUAGAAUGCUGUGGUAUGUUGUAUGCAUCACCAUCAGAGAUGGGAUUUCUCCCCUCAAUUUAUACGUAUACCUGAUUCUUGUC